GCAACAUGGAGAAGUUGAAACUCGGUCAUUGGGACACAAACUGUGAGGAUUUCUGUGUUUAAUACCUUGUAUAUUUCAGACGGAAUAUUUCAUCGGAUAGAAUAUGAACAGGUUAUAUCCUUAGAACUAUUAUAUGAGACAAACAAUGGAUAUUAGUGAGGACAACGUUCAAAUGCUUCGGGACAUGGGGUUUCCGUGCGAAUCCGAAGUUAGGAGGGCACUCCGUAUGGCCAAAAACGACCUGAACGAGGCAGUUGCCAUCCUCGCAAAUGAUCACCCAUCGUCGUCGUACGACACGCUAGAUGACGUUGAAAUGAAAGAUGUGCACCGACGAAGCACACACACCCAGGUGUAUGGACCCCAUCUACCACCCGCCUACGACGAGGUAGUGGAAUCCCAGGAGACGGGAGAGGCAAGCUAUCCAGCAUCCACAUCAAUGGAGGACAGCAACAGUUUGGAGUUUCCAGUCACCAACCUGUAUGAGUUAGAGGGCAGAGUAUUCACAGAAAUGUGGAACAUCCCUUAUAAAAAGGAGGAAUCUUUAGGCAAAUGCCUGGUUGCAGCAUCCAAGCUGGCUGAAGCAGGACUUUGUGAAAGUGAUGAACACUGUAAGCGAUUCAUGGACAGGUGUAUGCCAGAAGCCUUUCAGAAGCUCCUGACAUCUGCGGCAGUACACAAGUGGGGCAGUGAGAUCCAGGAGGGCAUAUUUGACAUGCUGCUAUUGCUUACUGACCUGGUGGUGGCACGGCUGCAACAUGACCCUGUGCCAGUCGGGCUGCUGGAAGCGCUCAAUUUGGCAUUCAACAGUGAAACUGAGUUUGAGCUGAAAAAUCGUAACCGAAGAGACCGCACUGGCUGGGAAGAGAAGUUUGAAGGUGGUCAACCAGCAGCUGUGUCCCCGGCCAGCAAUUUCAAGGAUCCAUAUGGAUGGCUCACUCACCUCAUCAAUAAGUUUGCAAACUUGGGUGGUCUGGAUCUGAUCAAAAAGUGCCUGGAAAGAGAUGACCUUGAUGCUCCGACAAUGGCAGCCAUUCUCAAGCCAUUUGGGACAUGUGCAGAGUUCCUCAGUCAGAGUGUAGUUCAAAAGUUAUUUGCCCCUGGAAUGGAGAAGGCAAUCAAGUAUAUACAGGGACUAGAAGAAAAAGAUUUCAAGGAAAAGAGAAUUGGCAGUGUGUCUGACUUGCUGUCAUCAAUGAAGUUAUUGUGCAUCAGUGUGUGGCCACAUGAUGUUGACAACUUGGAUGAACUUCGUCUCGAUAUAGCUCUACGCAUGCUGCAGUCACCACACUUCAAUGCCAAGAUGAACUCGCUGAAAGAGGUUACCAAGCUCAUAGAAGAUUCAAGUGGAACAAAAGUCAGCAAGACUGCCAUGCGCUCUGACCGAAUACUUGAAUGGCUGGUAGACUGCAAGAUUCUGUCUAUAGCCCUAGAAGGUAACAUCGACCAAGCACAGUACUGUGAUAAGAUCAAGGGACUUGUAGAUUUCCUUGGCUCCAAGUUGUCUCUGGAUGAGCUCACUAUGAUCUGGAAAAUGCAGAAUGGUCAGACGAACAAUGUCAUUGACAACAUCCACUCCAUCAUGGCAGCAGCUGCAGUCAAGUUCGAACCACAACAACUGGAACAUUUGUUUCGACUUAUACAGAAGAAAUGGCAGGAUGACAAUGAUCGUAUUCGAGAAAAACUUUUAAGUCUCAUUGGAAAAAUUGGAAAAGAUGCGCGCGUGGGAAAGACCACAACUAGGGUGCUGGAGUUGCUGUGGGACCUGGCCCAUCUACCUGCGUUAUCCACUCACCUGAUAGAGCAGGCACUGGAUGAACAUCAUGCAAUACUCAGUGAUUCAUACAGUGUCAAGGAGCAGAUCAAACUACAAUAUGUCAUCAAAUGUGUGGAUGACAUAAAAAAGGGGGCGUUUGUCUUGCCAGCAUUACGGCAGCUCAUCAACAUCAGUAAGAAUAUCAUCAAGCAGAGCUUCCACAAGGCUGAUAAGGGUGUCAUACAUGAACUUAACAAGAACUGUGACGUCAUCAAGCUGGUGAGCAGCAGUUUAGUCAAGUGUCACAAGAAUGCAACUGCCAUGGUUGGUGAUGGUCAGCCACUUCAGGAGAACUCAGUAGUGGAUGGCAGAUACACACAUGCUGAUUACAUGUCAACACACCUGUACUUCCUGCAGUACGUUCUCCAGGAAGGAGUUCUGUACCUGCCAUGGAGCAAGGCACGUGAUAUCUGGACCACCAUGGUUGCCAACCCUCGGGCCUGUGACUGGGAGAGAGAAACAUGCUAUGAGUGGUUCAGUAAGGGGAUAACAGAUCUGGAGGCAGAAACACAAAACCAACUCUUCCAGAAAGAGAUCCUGCGUCUCGAUCCAGCAAAACUAAGUGAAAAGGGAUUUACAUGUUUCAAGAAUUUCUUUGAGAGUGUCAAUUUGUAUGAGCACAAGUUGAAGCGAUCUGGUAAUGCUCUGGUUGUAGAAAAGUGUGAGCUGUUAGGAUUGGACUAUCUGUGGGAGAUUUGCCUCAACAUUCCUGAUGAAACCAUUGCUUCUCAAGCCAUCAGCCUUCUCCUCAGCAUGGCAUAUGCCAACCUCAAUCCACGUAUUAAAAAAGACCCAGUUGCCAUUCACAAGAAGUUUAUUUCCGAGUGUAACAACAGAUUGGAGAUGGCAAUGAUAGGCAUCGGUGGGAAUGUUGUGGCCCAGACGGUGUCCAAUGCAACCAAGUUACUUACUGCAGCAAUUGUACCUGAGGUUGCUAAUGUGCCACUUCCUUCAAAGUCUGUGAAGCUGCUGGCUAUUGAGCGACUGCUGUGGAUAGCAGAAGCCUAUGUGUUGUCCGUGGAGGAGAUUCACUGUACCCCUCGCAGUAUUCUUCCACAUGGAGCAUCCUUCCAUGGCUACCAGAUUAACCUCUAUAUAACCUGUGAUGCCCUCAAGCAGGAGUUCACUACAGUGUGUCACAGUAAUGAGAGUCUUGGAUCAGUUAGGAUCAAGGUUGCAGAAUCACUCCUUCAACAAGUUGAUCAUGUCCAGAUUGUAGCCAAUGACAAGCCGCUUGGUAUGGCCAAGGACCAGAAGCUCCUUCAUCAGCUUGAGUUUGAGGACAAUCAGAUGCUGCAGGUUCGCUUGUCUCAGUCUGGUGCUGGAUCCUCAACAUCCUCUUCCUCAACCUCCACCAGCACCACACUCACGAGGGAGAGCACUUCAACUCCCACUUCCAAACAAACCUUCGAUCUUGAACAGGAAAAGAUGCUUCCAGGCUAUGUGAUGGCACAAGGAGGUCAGGUGUUUGAGAUGCUGUAUCAGCUGACGGAGCUUGAUGAAGCAAAGAUCACAAAGCGUGUGAGGAAGCUGCUGAUGCUAAUCCCCACUGAUCCAGCUGUUGCUGAAGGCCUGGAUUCCAUCAGUCAGAAGAGUUUGAAGCCAUCCUCAUCCAGUGAUGAUGUAUCUUCUGGGAAAUCUAGUCCCAGGAAAUCACCUAACCCAGCUGCCAACAGUACACGGCCUGCACCCAAGGAAGUGCUGAAAUCACUUUUUGAUGUAACCGGACCAGAGAUGUCAGCAUUUCGAGUACUUUACAAUCUUGAAGUUGUGAGCGGGAAGCUGAUGCCAACUGGUGAUGAUAUUGGUACCCGACUCAGCUCUCAAACCUUCUGUGAUGACUUCCUGGCUGCAGGUGGCCUGUCACUGGUGGUGAACGUCCUGCAGCCUGAGUCUCUUCCUUCAGAUAUCAACUAUGAGAUCAGACAGGGCUGCUAUUCUGUUUGCCUUCAGCUGGCAAGGUACUUGUUGUGUGGGGAGACAGUAAUAGGGGACCCUGGAGGACCCCUAGAAGAUGAAGCUACUCCAUCCCAGGGGGCUACGGCGCUUGCUACUGCCUCUCCUGCUCACGGAUCUACACAUUCUGUCCGAUCUACAGUUUCCAUGGGCAGUCAUGCAAUCAAGACUGUAGGAAGUCAGGAGUUCACUGACACAGUGUCCUGCUUUAUGAAAGUCACAUGGGCAGCAGCAGCGGGAAGACUGCAUCUACUCAGUUACAACCAUCCCAUCCGAGAGAGCAGAGAGAGCUAUAGCUGUGGACACAGGAGUCGACAAAGUAGCACAGGUAGUUCUGCCAGUACAAACAGUGACAGUGACUGUCAGAGUCUACAUGCUGGCGUGUGUUCUCACCACAUCAACAUACCAACCAAAGAUACAAACAUUGCCAAAGAAGCUCUGGAGAUUCUGGUUACAUGUCUUCAGAAACGGCCUGAAUUUACAGCCUCUUUCUAUUCCCUUUCAUGUGUCAGUGACUUUGUCAUUGACCUCCUAGUAGGAUGUUCGCAGAAUGAUAUCCGUAAUGCAGCACUGGAACAGUUCUACCUCACCAGUCAGGUGGAGAUGCCUCUGCCACCAGACUCCACCCUCCAGCCCCCACAUCAGUUCAUGCUGCAGCUUCUCUUGCGAGCUUACCUCCCCUUCUGGGUGACCUCCUCCAAUACCAGGGGAUCCAGUCAGAAAUUAUUGAACCAGUGCUCACAGUACUUUGAUCUCAGGUGUCGACUGCUGGAGGGUCUUUCUGUGAGUGAUCAAAAUCGUCUCCAUGUGGAUGUUGGAUCUAUGCUUGAGGAUGAAAUUGCAUGGCUGAGUAAUUUUGUUCCGUCCAAAAAUCCUGAACUGAACCAGACAGACAAUACACUACUGGGGGGACACCUGAAGCUGAUCAAGACACUACUCACCUGUGAGGGAGUGCAGAAGAAGGAUAUAGGAAACACACUUGUGGGAGAACUCCUUCAUGACUUCCUCUUCCCUGCGUCUAAGCUCAUGAUGGACAGUCUAAACCAGUCCAACACAGAGAUGUCUCUGGCAGAAUUCAACCCAAAAUGUUCCAGCUCUGAUUCCCGUGUUGCUGCUUAUGAACUGCUGACAGAGCUCGCCUAUCAGAGCCCUUCCAAUCUGAAGAAUGUGUGUAGACAGCUGUUACAGAUGCACCAUCAGCCUAACCUGGAUUGUGCUAACGAAUGGGAGUACAUGCCACCAGUAGAUGGGAGGGCAGUGUGUGGCUAUGUGGGGCUGAAGAAUGCAGGAGCCACAUGCUACAUGAACUCAGUGCUUCAGCAGCUGUACAUGAUUCCAGGGGUGCCUGAAGCGGUGCUAGGCGUGGACGAAGAGAAUCCAGAUGAUGAAAGUGUUUUCUACCAGAUGCAGCAGAUAUUUGGCCACAUGAUGGAAAGCCGCCUGCAGUAUCAUGAACCUGAGAAGUUCUGGAGUGUGUUCAAACUCUGGGGUCAGACUAUCAAUGUACGAGAACAACAGGAUGCCUUUGAUUUCUUCCAGGCCAUUAUUGACCAGGUUGAUGAACAUAUGAAAAAAACUGGUAAAGAUGAGAUAUUCAAGAAAAAGUUCCAGGGCAUAUUUUCUGAUCAGAAGAUUUGUAAAGACUGUCCACAUCGAUAUGAAAGAGAAGAAGCUUUCAUUGCACUAAACUUGACUGUGAAAAAUGCUACAUUACAAGACUCGCUGGAUCAGUUUGUAAAAGGAGAGCUUCUGGAAGGUGACAAUGCAUACUACUGCGAAAAAUGUGGAGAAAAGAGAAACACCAUCAAGCGUAUGUGCAUCAAAACACUGCCUCCACUGCUCUGUAUUCAACUCAAGAGGUUUGGCUAUGACUGGGAGACAAAUAGAGCUCUUAAGUUUGACGACCACUUCCGUUUUCCCUGGGUGUUGGACAUGGAGCCGUACACCGCAGAUGGUAUGGCCAGGCGAGAAGCAGAGAAGGUCAACAACAACAGUGACACUGAAACAACAGAAAAGUUGAAUGGUGACAUCUCAAGUAGCAGUGGAAGCAUGUCUGAAGUGACAACUGACUGCACUCCCUAUCAGCAGAAGCAGAUCAACUAUGAGCUGGUCGGGGUAGUUGUGCACAGUGGACAGGCAAAUGCAGGCCAUUACUACUCCUACAUUAGAGACAGAAGAGGCACAGUGCUCACCAACAGCAAUAAAGGGAAGUGGUUCAAGUUCAACGACACAAUCGUAGAGGAGUUUUACAUGAACGACAGCAGUCUGGAGCAGGAAUGUUUUGGGGGCAGUUACAAGGCCAAAGUCUAUGACCAAUCAAGCUCCUCCUACCCUGAAGACCGAUUGCGCUAUUGGAAUGGCUACUUGUUGUUCUAUGAAAGAAUGGAGGAACCUGCAACGCCAGCCACUGCAAAGAAGAGCAAGAUUGUCAAGAAAGUACUUACAGAUGGAGGGAAGAGCCGCAUGGACUCAGACAGCCUGAUGGAACUGACGGAACUGGUCCACAAGGGAGAGAGAAAGGGCAUCUUUGUUGACAAGAUGCCUGCCAGUAUACAGCAGAUCAUUCAUGCUGAAAAUGUCACCUUCGUCAAGAACAGAGAUGUGUACAACCAUGAAUAUUUCUCAUUUGUGAAGAAUCUUGUUUCAAUAAAUACAGAGCUGAAGCAUAAUGCUGACUAUGGUGUGAUGUGUGUACAGUCAUUGCAGCUUGGAGUUCGCUUUCUGUUCAACACAUAUCUGAGGAAUCGCCGCAAAACAGUCUUAGAGUUAGAUAAGUGGGUGGAGCUUGUGGACACUCUGCUGAUGAAGUCAAAGGAUACGUGUCUCUGGUUGGUGGAAUACCUCUCCAGCAAAGAGGGACAAGAGUUCAUCAAGCCGUUCUUGUUGGAGUGCCCAAACAGAGAUGUCCGAAGCUUUAUGGCAAAGAUUUUGGAUCGAAUUAUCUCCAGCUUCUUCUACCAUGGUGGUGUGGCGACACACAAGAACUUUGACUGUGUCAUAGAACACUUGCUGGUUAUGCUGGAGAAAGAUGUUGUAGACCAUGUCAAGAAUUGCUUCCAGUACUUUACAGUCAUCCGCAACUAUGUGCAGAUGGGAACCAAAGCAUGUUCUCACAUGAAUGGUCGCCAGGGUUUCUGUCGUCUCAUCACAUUUCUCCUGGGUCAGCCAAUCACUGCUGGAGAGAGUCAGUUUCGUAGCACUCUUUUACAGGAUUGUUCCAGUCGGAGAUGGAGUUCUAUCCAGUCCAGAGAAUUUGUUAACCUUCAUGUAGCCCUAGCUGUCCUUAUUGCCAACUGUGAGGUGUCAAGUUAUAGAACAGAAGAUAUUGGUGAAUUUCCUGUCAUCAAGCCAAAAACAGUAUUUCCAAAUGUCUUUCUCAAGAUGUCAACAGAAAUGGAAAAAUAUGUGUUUGGUACAGACUCUUUUCGCUAUCUCCGUGAGGUGGUUCAGGCUGUGCGAGAGCUGAUUGUGAGCAAUGCCACCAUCACUGACAUGCUGCUGUACUGUAGCUUCUGCAACAAAACCUUCAGCAUGAACCUGGUCAAACACUUAAUGUUGCAGUAUCUCAACACACCAUCCAAUGAACUAAAGCCUAUAUUCACACUUCUAACUGAAGUUUUGGUGAUAGAGGACUCCCUUCAACUGACGCGCCUCAAGUGGGUGAUUGAUGGGCACACUGAUGAGUCCGGCCACAAGUACGAGGGGCUCAUAGCAAUAAUCCGUCUGAACCAUGUGUGUGACAGUCGGCGUUCCUACCAGUGUAUCAAGUUCCUGGUGGGAGUCAGCAAUCGGUGUAGUAUUGCCAAGGACUAUCUACUCAGCACACCCAGUAAGUGGCAGUGGGCAGUCAACUGGCUUAAGAAGAAGAUGACAGAACAUUACUGGAGCACCACAAGUUCAGCUGGGCUGUCCAAUGAGGACUCCAACAGGAAAUCCUUCCAGCGAACACAGAGUGCUCAGUACACACUGCAGGAGGCAACAGCAUUGCUGACAGAGUUGGAGAACAGUGACAGCCCUGGGCUAGAUGUCGUCAUGAUCCCAGCAGAUAAAACAGAUUCUGCUGUGCCUGGCCCAAGUGGGGACACUACAGGACAAGACAGUAGUGAAACUAAUACAGAUGCUGACAAGGAGGACAGUACUAUAUCAACGACACAAACUAGCUGAUGAAAGGAUUGGCAAGUCAUCAGUAACCCUAUGUGCUCAUGUUGCAGGAUCUUGAGUGCAGUUGGUGGUCUGUAAUGUAUAUGUCCACAGGCUGGAAUAACACAUCUGAUGUUUGUACCCUAUUUUCUGUGUAAAAAAGUGUGAGGGAGUGUUGUGUGUUGACCGGUGCCUUACUCCACCCACCUACUGCAGUUGACGAACCUGUCUGUUAUCAGCCUGUCUGUAUAUCUUGUCUGUAACUUGGCAGCAGCAGCAGCAGCAGCAGCCCACGAUGGACCAUGCCAUGCAAGUCACAUCAUACCUGUGUCUCUGGGAAAACAUCACCAACUUACAAACUGUUAGCCUAAUGUAUGCUUUUGGGGUCAUUCUGUGAAGAAACAUUGUGUUGUACAUUAUGUAUAUCUUGUUUGUUGGAAGAAAGACAGGUUUGCGAAUGUUUUUAAGCUGAUGCAUUUAGAUAGUUAGGAUGCAGUUCAAAAGUUCACUGUCUGAUAAAAAUCUUAAUUUUUUAAGUGUAGGUUGCUUGAGAGAUCUGCAAGUUGUCAAUCCAUGAACCACUUUUCAGGCGUUCACUGUUCAAGACAGUAAGUAACAUCUCUAAUCAUCAUAUACUCACAAGCAAAAGAAACGCAAGUCGAGUAUGCAGUAUACAUGUUAUUUAUUUUCAACAGUAAAGACAAGAAAUACUAAUAGGGCAAGAUUGACAAAAAUUUGACUGAAGAAAGUUUAAUGGAUUGAAAGGCCGAUGACAUAAUUGAGCCCUUUUCAAAUGUUAAGGGCUUACACAGUUUCGGGUCAAUACCCAAAAUGUCAGUCAAUACCUGGUGUGACCACCAUUAGCUUUGAUCACUGCCACACAUCUCCUGUAUAUUGAGUGGAUCAGACGA